AUGUGGUCGUUUCUAUUUUUAUUUUUUAUCGCCCACAUACUUGCUGGUAUCAAAGUGGUGUUUAUGCUUCUUGCUGCCUUACAGUUUACCGCUUUUCCGGCAUUUUUAUGGUACCACGCACCCACCAAUCUCCCACUUGGCCAACAACAGCAGAAGAAUGCACAACCAGGUUUGGCCGAGAGGGAAUCAAGCAUAUAUUUGCCUGUUGGCCUGCAGUUGCUUCACUUCUCUUGCUCCCGUUGGCGUGAUUUCCGAUGCCCAAUGGCAGAAGUGGACGGUAGAAAAGAGGUUGGCGAGAUCAAGCGUAGAUGA